CCCCUGCUCGAAGAUAGAGAAAGAAGUCCACGCAAGACAAAAAAGCACAAGGGACAGUCAGACGCAGCUGAGGCCCAUACCCAGGACUACACAGACAAAGCAACAAAGAAGGGAACUCAACUCGGCAUCACUUCACUUCAGCUUCAUUCACCCCAAAGCACGCGCCGCAUCGACUGCACUCCUCAUUCACCACAUACACACACACACAACCAAGCAGGAAGCAACUCGCCUCUCAGGAAUAUAUAAAGCAUCAUGAGCUCCAUCGGCACAGGGUACGACGUCUCCGUAUCAACGUAUUCACCAGACGGUCGCGUCUUCCAGGUCGAAUAUGCUGGCAAGGCUGUCGAGAACAGUGGAACCGCGAUUGGCAUCCGUGUCAAGGACGGUGUCGUCUUGGCUGUUGAGAAGCUGAUCCAGUCUAAGCUGCUUGUCCCUGGGGCGAACCGUCGCAUCCAGAACGUGGAUCGCCAUAUCGGCAUCGCCACGGCUGGUUUGUUGGCAGAUGGUCGCCAUAUUGUGAAGCGCGCUCGUGAGGAAGCACAAGCUUGGAGAGACAUCUACAGACUACCGAUUGACGGACCCAACAUUGCUUCUCGUGUGGGUGACUAUAUUGGUGCCUAUACCUUAUAUUCGAGCGUUCGUCCCUUUGGAACCAGCACAAUCAUUGCGACGAUGGACAACACUGGCCCUAAACUGUACAUGGUGGAGCCUUCAGGCUUGUACUGGGGCUAUCACGGAACUGCAAUUGGAAAGGGUCGUCAGGUGGCCAAGACCGAGAUUGAAAAGUUGAACCUGGCGGAGAUGACGUGUCGCGAGGCAGUCAAGCACGCCGCUCGCAUUAUCUACAAUGUCCAUGAUGAUGCGAAGGACAAGGAUUUCGAGCUGGAGUUGAGCUGGGUAUGCGAGGAAUCGAAGGGCCUGCACCAAUUUGUUCCCAAGGAUAUUGCGGACGAGGCCGAGCAACUCGCAAAGGCUGCUUUGACUGAGGAUAUGGACGAUGACUAAGAAAUGGGCAGCAGCAGUAUGAGGUUGUAGUGUUGUUGAAGGAGCAUCUUUGGAAGACACUACAAAUCAGAACGAUGUACCCAAGUCGUCCUGAAUAAAAAUAAAAUAAAAAAAGCGAAGUAUUUUGUUCCCUUA